UUUCCGCUCGCUUGAUGGAUACACAAGAUCACAAGUGUUGCUCAAGCGAUGGCAAAAGAGAAGAAACAAGUCACAGAAUUCGCUACCUAUUAGAGGAUGAGAUGCCGCAACAGAGCAAGAAAAAGCUAUGGAAGGAAGUCCGUCAGAUUAUUUCUCCUACCGAUCUAAGAACAUUGCAAUGGCUUACGGAGAAAACUCCAAUCCAGGAGAAGACACAGAAACCAUAUCACAGAUCUGUCUUAGUGCAGCGUUCCAGUGAUCAAGCCGAUUUUCCACCACAACAGCAGCAGCAGGACGAUCGGAAUCAUCCUCAACAGUCGAAGACGUAUCGCAAGAACUAUCAGAGCUCCGCCAAGCAGCAGCAGGUGCAAAAGAAUAACGAUCGGUAUCCAAGACCUUCUCCGACGUCCUUUCAGCAUCAUUCAGAAGAGCAGUACCCAAAGACUACGUAUCAUAAUUCUCCAAAUCAGCAUCAAAAUCCUCAAGAGCAGCGGCAGCAUUCACAACAGCCGUACGAUGAUCAGACUGAACAGAAUCCUGCCAAGAUGAUGCAGUACAAACAGCAGACGAAAUACCAGAAUCACCCUACGAAGGACUAUCCUCCACAGACGCCGUCUGAAGAACUAUUCCAGCAACAUCCACCGGACGUGAAUCGGCUGUCUCCGUAUCAUAAAACUACAAACAAGCAUUCGCAUGGGAAUCGUCACACGGAAAACCAGACAGAGGAUGAUCGCAAGAAUCCCUACAAGAUGAUGCAGCAAAAUCUGCAGACAGAAUACGAGAAAGCCCCUAAGAUGGAUCCGUAUGAGGAUCAUACUCAGAAGCCGACUCAUAAUCAGUUCAAGCAGAAACCACCGGAGGAGUAUCGGGUGUCUCCGUACCACAAUUCUACAGAGAAGCAUUCGCAUGGAAGCCCUCAGAAUAUGCAGCACUAUUCAAAUGAUGAGCAGCCUCUUCAAAAUCCUAACAGGCUGAUGAAGCAAAAUCUGCAGACGGAAUACCAGAAAGGCUCUAAAAAGGAGCCGUAUGAGGAUCAUUCUGAGCAACCGACUCCUGAUCAGUUCAAGCAGAAACCACCGGAGCAGUAUCGAGUAUCUCCGUACCACAAUUCUACAGAGAAACAUUCGCAUGGAAGCUCUCAGAAUAUGCAGCACUCUUCCAGAAAGGUUUAUGAUGAGCAUCCUCCUAAAGAUCCUGACAAGAUGAUUCAGCAAAAUCUGCCAAAGGAAUACCAGAAAGCCCCUAAGAUGGAUCCUUAUGAGGAUCAUCCUCAGCAGCCGACUCCUGAUCAGUUCAAGCAGAAACCACUGGAGCAGUAUCGAGUAUCUCCGUACCACAAUUCUACACAGAAGCAUUCGCAUGGGAAUCGUCACACGGAAAACCAGACAGAGGAUGAUCGCAAGAAUCCCUACAAGAUGAUGCAGCAAAAUCUGCAGACAGAAUACGAGAAAGCCCCUAAGAUGGAUCCGUAUGAGGAUCAUACUCAGAAGCCGACUCAUAAUCAGUUCAAGCAGAAACCACCGGAGGAGUAUCGGGUGUCUCCGUACCACAAUUCUACAGAGAAGCAUUCGCAUGAAAGCUCUCAGAAUAUGCAGCACUCUUCCAGAAAGGUUUAUGAUGAGCAGCCUCCUAAAAAUCCUGACAAGAUGAUGCAGCAAAAUCUGCCAAAGGAAUACCAGAAAGCCCCUAAGAAGGAUCCUUAUGAGGAUCAUACUCAGAGGCCGACUCAUAAUCAGUUCAAGCAGAAGCCACCGGAGGAGUAUCGGGUGUCUCCGUACCACAAUUCUACAGAGAAGCAUUCGCAUGAAAGCUCUCAGAAUAUGCAGCACUCUUCCAGAAAGGUUUAUGAUGAGCAGCCUCCUAAAAAUCCUGACAAGAUGAUGCAGCAAAAUCUGCCAAAGGAAUACCAAAAAGCCCCUAAGAAGGAUCCGUAUGAGGAUCAUCCUCAGAAGCCGUGUCAAGAUCAGCUCAGCGAUACGCCGGAGGAUGAUUCCGAAGAGUCUAAUUUCGGAGUAGAUAAGGAGACAUCCAACAACUUUAUGGAAUAUUACGGUGAAGGUUCCCCAAAGUACAGACCCAAACACAUACUGUCCGGUGACGAGCAUGAUGUGUUUUCCAUGGCUAGUAGCAACUCGGUAUCGACUUCGAUCAGUGCGAAGAGCGGGAACGAGCUGCGUGCCAUGAUCUGGGACGAGAUGGAAUUGCAGUCGGUGGAUGUAGAAGAGAAUGUGUCCAUCUUUUUAGACUUGAGUCAGCCCAGAGAUGACGGAAAUCAAGAUAUGAAGGAAACAAUGUCCAAACAUCCAAAAAUCGCUUCCCUCCCGAAUUUGGCCAUAGAUGUUAAUGCGCCCACCACUGAUUCAUUUAAGGGUUCGAAAACAGAUGAGCUGCCACAAAUCGAGUGCAGUAUGAGUAUAGAUGAUUUAGUGAACUGCAAGGUCAUCACUCCCAUGAUCAUGAAGAUACACAACAAGUAUAUGACCUCUAUGCAGGAUGCGAUGCAGCUCAUGAAGUAUCUGGAGACGGUGCCGCGCCUUGUAGGUCAGAUUUACAAGGACAACAUCACGUUGGAAAAGAGGAAACACUAAAAAUGUUGAAAGUCACUUUGGA